AUGGACAUGUCAGGACCAACUGGCAUUGAUGGCUGUGUUGUCAUGUUGCGCUGUCUUCUGCGGGUUGCUGCUGAGGGUGUAGACGGCAGAGCGGCAGCAGCAGUCCCCCGAACAGUAGGAGCAGCUGGACUCGCAGGUGCAGGGCCUGCUACUUGGGAGGAGGCAGGGGCGGAUCCGAAUCGGUGGAGGGCCUCUCAGCUCUUACGCGAGUUGCUGACGUCCAUUGGUGAGGCCCUUACCUGGCGGCACGAGGCGCAUAGCGCGAAGGAGGUGUAUGAGGCGGUGUACAGUACACUUGCUGCGCAGGGCAGCUGCAGGUCUGUGGCUGCUGCUCGUCAAGGAAUUGAAGCGGCCAUAGCUGCUGAGCUUUGGAUAGAAACAGAAGCCGCCACAGCACCGUGGCGUCCUUCUGGCUGGUUCUACGAGAGAGACAGAGGCGAUCAGGAGCCGUAUGCGCACCGGCGGGAACGCGAGUGCUGCAUGGUGCCUCAUGAAGACAGCCGAACGAGCAACAACUACAGCAGCAGCAGCAUUAGCAUCACGCACUUGAGGAGGCCCGUGGCUUCCGCCACGGUGACGCAGCAUGCUGGAGACGCAGCCUCGUGCAUCAGUUCGUGUGUUGAGGAUGAAGCCGCGGGUACUGCUGCUGCUGGUGGAAGCGUCGAAGCACCAUGGCAGCAGCAGCUGCCGUGUGCCCCCAGGACUGGAGGUACAGAAAACAAGCAUGGAGGGCGGCCCUCAAGUUGUCUGUUGCGAAAAGGGGGUUUGGGGAGCCUUGCAGCUGAAGGUUUACCGGGGGGGAGAACGCCGGCACCAGGAGCCUUCAAUUCAGCGUUUUCCUCUCCUCCUCGUUCUCUGGAUCCACAGCACCAGCGCCUAACUGAGACAAGGCCAGCGAAUACACGAGCUGCAGCAGCAAGUGGGGUCAGCAGCACAGGGAAGCAGGCUUUCGAGGCAGCCUCGUGGCAUUCAGUAGAGGACGCCCUACCUUCUCUAGGGCCCUACAACCCUUCUGAAAUAUCUAGUUGCUCCGAGCCGUCCUCCUCGAGGCCCUUUCAGAGAGGGCUACCUUUCUCCUCCGUACCGGCGGAGGCCCCUCCCGAGACGUCGGGGGGGGGGCCCCCGUCGCUGCGCCUGGGGAUCCUGAUACACCCGGCAGCAGAGAGUGGCGGUAACCCACGGGAGGGCGGCUUGCCGUCUGCCUUGUCGCUGCCUGCAGAAACAGUUGCAGGCAGAGACAAGGCCUCCCCGAUUUUGCAGGGGCACAGGGGGGGGGGAGAAGGCGCUAGACGGACAGCUCCUCGAGGCUCUGCGAGGGAGAGACUCGAGAGAGUUUGGAGACAGGAGGACUUCUCUCCACAGCUGCACCGCCGCAUCAUGUUGCUUCUGGAGCGCAGCAAGAAAGAAGUGUCACACCGGAACGAGGCAGAAAGCAAGGCGCGUCCUAGUGGCGAAGGAGGCCGCGAACCACACGCGCAACAUGGCCAGCCGCAUAACUCCAAGCCUACAGAGCACCGCACUUCACGGAACCCGCCAUCCGAGAAUAUCGCCAGUGCCACAGCAGGGCACGCAGCAGACACACAGCAGGCUAAGGCCAGUCGUUUCUCGAAAGGGAAGGAAAGCGGCUCUCCACGACCUACCAGGUGCACCGCAGCAGCAUCUGCAGCAGCAGCACCAGAAUCUACCCAAGGCAGCAUGCAGGCUAGCAAUUUGGCGUCUGCCUCAGCUCCAGCAAUGCAGGGAGAGCAAUGGCUGCAAGGCGUGCACCAGUCUAUUGCAGAGGAUGCGGGAGGCUCCCUCCCCACUGAAACGGGGGUCUCGCGCAUCCCUCUUAGCAGCUCCUCAUGGACCGUCAACAGCAGCCACACCAGGGAUGCUCCCGGCGCGGACGGCUUUGCGACAGCAGCAGCUUCAGCUUUACCAGCAGCUUCAGCUUUACCAGCAGCUUCAGCAGCACCAGCAGCUUCAGCCACACCAGCAGCUUCCCUUAGCGCUCUUUCCAAGAAAGCUGCGGCCUUGUGCGAGGAUCUACGGGAUCUAGCAUGGGGUGUCCGGGUGUAUAGGGAGAUGCGAAUGAGUCUGCGUCCUAAGGGCACCGAGAAGAACUUCAGCAGGAUUCAGAAAGCACUGAACCGUAUAAAACACUUGACGGAAAAGGAGAGUCGGCCUCUUUUGGACGAGAUUAGGGCUCUAAACCUGGACCUGUUCCUAUCGGAGCUGGCGACAGCACUCGCGGAAGUUGAUUGCAAGCCUCCGGCACUGAGGACUGCAGCGGAAGUCGUUGUGGCGCUUGCUGCCAGCUACUCGGAGUUCCCUAGCCUCUUUUUCGCAGCGCUCAACAAAAACAUCUGUAGCCUCAGCGCUGCCUUCGCUUCCGCCGCAGACGUGGGGGGCGCUCUCCCUACCUCUUUCGCAGAGUCUUCUGCGCUGCUGGCUCCAGAUGUAGCUGCAAAGCACCAGCAGCUGUCCUCGAGGUUGCGGCUGCUGCUGCGCUUCCUAGCAGACCUACACCUCACAUCUCUCCUGCCUGCGACAAGCCUAGAGCCCCUGCUGCUGCAGCUGUUGCUGCUUGUAACUGCGGCACCUCCUUUGCCCACAGACAAACGACAAGAGCAGCAGCAGCAAGUGUACGCUGCUGUCAACGCAGCUCCAUGGCCUGCGCUGUCAUCCGCCUCUCUGCGGCUGGGCAGCAGCUCGACAACACUAACCACGCCUCCAGCUUCGUCUCGUGCAGGAAGCGCAGCUUCGCUAGCGGUGGAGGGAGCAGCGGCGGCAGGGGGCGUGGCGAAGGACAAGUGGCUGUACAGCGUGCCGCUCUGUCUGUUGCGCCUCCAAGCGUUAGGCGGUGUAUUCUCUCGUAAAGCCGGGCAGUUCCUGUGGACACAGGAGCAGCACAGGCGGCGCGUUGCAGCAAUCGUGUGUUCGCGGCUCAAGAAGCCUUCUCAGGAUGGUGCAGAUGAUGGUGGUGGUGGUACUCCAGCGGGUACGGAAGCCGCCGCUACGACUCGGGCUACCGCUGAGAAUGGAGCCAACGGACCGUUCGGGGAAGGAGCAGCGGCUGCGGCAGCUUCUUCGGCAGAAACAGCGGGCAGUUUCGAUUCCACGACGCCUGAGAUGCUGUGCGAGGCUAUGAAGGUCGAGAGUUUGAGUCUGGAGGAGGCUGAGGAGGCGCUGGCAGCGCUAAGAGCCGCUCGAGACCCUCCCCUUGCAUGGAGGAGCCAGGUUGCAGGCUUCCUAGGAGCGGCAGCGCAGCAGCGGUGCGGCUGUGCGUCUCAGAUGUUGGCCGCCCUGGAGAAUUUUUACUCCGGCGCUGUAGUGCCGACACUGCAUGCCAUCCAACGCGAACUGCUGCAGCAGGAGGUGCAGAACAUGCAGCAAACAAUCGACAGAGGAAGUGUCUCUUCUGAGGGCCUCUCACGUUUCGCCGCCCUCUCGGAGAAGCACAGGGCGGCCUUACAACACGCAACGGCCUUGGCAGAGCUGCUGCAGCGAGCACCGCCGGAUGCUGCAGAAAUAGAACAAAAAGCAGCAGCCACUAUCCAGGGGGCCUCUUUAGUCCUGACGGUCACAAGACUCGGCACGGAGGGCCCCGGGGCCCCCUCUUCUUCCUCUGCACCUGCGGUGGCAGAAGACCGAGCUUGGAAGGACAAAGAGGAAAGGUUAUUUUACACGGAGAUCUUGGAUCUUUUUGAAGUACUCCCACCGGGGCUUCUCGGCAGUCGUGAAACCAAGGAAGAGAAGACCAAGGCACUUGUAGAGCAGCAGGCCUCUGCAACUGCGGCUCACCAAACUAAAAGCUCUGCGCCAAAGAGCUCUAUCUCUCCAGCGGUUGCAGCAGUUGCAUCCGAUGUCAGCGCCGCCCUUAAUGUCGCUACUGCAGCACCACAAGUGGCAGGGACGCUGACGGCAGCUCCAAUUGGAACUGACGCAGGAGGUGCUUCCAUGGCGGCUAUUCUGAGCCGUCUUUCUCAGGCUACGACCCAGAAACAGAUUGAUCAGAUUGCAGUAGACUUUUUUAUUGAGCGACUCAACAAUAGGCCGAAUCGCACUGCACUGGCUCGAGCGCUGCUGCACGUCCCAAAGACGCAGUUGCACCUGCUGCCCUGCCACGCACGGCUGCUCGCCAUCUUGAGAAAGCCUCUCAAGGAAGAGACCGCGUUGGUUCUUGACGCAUUGCAAGCGGAUUUGAAGCUUUGCCUCGAUGAGCAUGACCCAUCAAAAAUUGAUUCUAAAGUAAAAAGCAUUCGCUACGUUUGCGAGUGCACAAAAUUCCGGCUUUUCCCUCCGGGCCUCGUGCUGACUGCCUUUAGUGCCCUCCUGGAGGACCUCACGCCUCACAGAAUUGAGAUGCUCGCCCAUUUUGCUGCGGGCUGCGGGAGCUUCUUGCUACAUUCGCGUCUAACAGGGGAACGCUUUAGGAGUCUGGUGAUGCGCAUGCUGCGGCUCUCGGCUGCGCGGCACCUGCCCCCAGAGCAAGAGUGCCUAAUCCAAGAUGUUUACUACCAGCUGUGCGGGGGGGAGGGAGACGCUUCUAGUCGGAAGCAGACGAAGGAGCCCCUUCAACUCUUUCUUGAAAAGCUCAUCUUUGCAGACCUCUAUGGCAGUGAGGAGGAAGCGGAUGCGGUCGCAAAGAUCUGCAGGAAGCUUCCCUGGACGUCAGAUCCACACGUUCUUCCGUGGUUCAGAGACUGUGUACUCGAGUUGGGCUUCAACACGAAAUUCCAAUUUCUGCACCGCCAUGCGGCGCUGCUUUCGGCCCUCGCCAAGUACAUCCCUGCCGAGGUUAUUUCCUGCAUUGACUCCCUCCUCGAGGACAUACAGUAUGGCAUGGAGAACGAGGAGGCUGAGGAAGCGCCAAGAAGACUUAUGCAGGCGCGGCUCCUGGGAGAGCUGUACAAUUACCGUCUGGUGGAUUCCUCCGUUCUGUUUGACGCUCUUUACGCGCUUAUUGGCUUCGGGGGACACACGGCCUUCCAGGCUGGCAAUAUUCGCACCACUCACCGCCUGCUGUUUGAAGGCGCGCGCUUCUUGCAGCAGCCACCACAGCAGGAGACAGCCGGAGGCUGGGCCACUGCUGCGGUGUACGAGCAGCGACCCCUCCCUUUGCUUGCAGCGCCAGACUCCCCAGAGGAUCCGCCGCUUGGCGUGACGCGUCUAAAAAUGGUGUUGCAGAUCCUUGAGGCCUCAGGGAAGUACUUUUCUUCUGGGAAAUCCAAACUUAAGCUCGACCGGUUCAUCCUCUUCUUUGAACGGUACUGUAGACACAAGGUGCGUGUGACAACGCAAUAG